AGAACGAUCAGGUACGGUGUUACCAUACAUAAUUCACAUGACGUGUAUAGAUUGCGUUUAUCAGUAAACUACUUCAACGGUUGCAGAUAUUAACAAAAACUCAAUAUUUCUGAGAAUUACAUUACACUAUAUGUACUGCUUGAUCAUCGCUGCCUUUCAAACUGAACACUGCUUUGGGAUGCAGGACAUGGUUUAGCAUAUGAAACCAAACGGACUUGUGCUUCGAGGGACGUGAUACGGAGGAGAAAAUUCGUUUUGAAGCGAGAUACACCACUAUCAAGACAUCAACAUGGCAGGCCUUUUUGAUGCACUGGGAUUCAAAUGCGAUGAAUGUGGGAAUGAUGAUGGAGAUGAGACACAAGGGUACAAAGUCGUUGAACAGCGUCAUUUAUGUCCAACUUGUGCCCGCAAUCUGGCCAGCGCCAUACUGGCUGAUGCAGCACAUAGAUCUGUUAAGUGGCCGUGUCCGCAACAUGAGCGGAAAGAAGUGGAACUGCUCUGCUCUGAAUGCAAAGUGGCAGUGUGUCCAACUUGCGCAUUGACUUCUCACCAUGGUCACCGCAUGCAAGACAUCGAGAAAUUCUUCAUCGAGAAGAAAGAAACUAUGGAAAGGGAUGUUGAAAAGAUUUCUGCAAAGCAAGUCGAAAUGCAGAGCUUUCUGAACAAGGUAGAAUGCUGCUCGCAAAAGAUAGAUGAUCACCUCGAAGACAUCAGAGCUAAGAUAUCCGUCACUUUCCAGACAAAGUCACAGGAUCAGAAAGAGCGAAGAGAUGUUCAACUAGUCAGGAUUAAGACAGAGGCAGAAGAGCUAAUCAGGCAGAUCAACGAAAAGCGUGAAAUGGAGCUUGCUGAAAUGAAUGAAGAAUACAACAACGAACACGAAACACUGGUAAAAGACAGAGACGGUGUACUGGCAGAGCUAAACAUUAUUUCAGACAAGCUCAAGAAGAUGACUUCAGACGCCAAGGUGUCCGCUGAGGCCACUAAAGAUCAGUUAGAGAGCACAGCCGCACUUGCAAAAUCCAUCGUGGUUGAUUGCGAUGGGAAAUCUUUCCAUGAGAAGAUCGCAGAGUUUCACGAAAAGGGUAUGGACAACUUGCCACGUUUGGACCACGAUCACGUGGAUACGAUCUCAAAGGUUGCGAGGAAGUUAGGUUUCAAGAGGAUGGAUGAUGAACAAAGAAUCGGUACCUUGACAGGACAGAUGGCUUCCUAUGAGGUAGAAAAGACAAUGAAAUUGUCUUCUGAUAUUCAAGAGCCGUUUCUUCUCGGAUCGAUCGAUGAGCAAACAUUGAUCGUUCGGAACGGAAAUGGAUCAGGUCUGUACACGGUGAACAUAGAGUCUAGAUCUGUGGAAACGCUUCUGGGCGACAAGAAGACUCGGGGCAUUUGGGAUUUAGCUGUCUUUCCUGGCAAGGGUUUCGUAUACAGUGAUUACAAUGCAGGCCUCCUUAAGAUCUGUGACAGACAAGGGAAUGUUUUAAGGUUUUUAGCUCUACCUGAUGACGAAGCGCGGUUUGCGUUUCUAGCUGUAGACAGGAAGGGCAAACUCCUCGCUGCUAGCCACAAUACCAGCAACAUCCAUGUGAUUGACCCCCAGACAGGAGCACACCUCCGAACUAUCGGUGAGGUCGACUGCAAUCCAAUGAUGGGAUGUGGGGUACUUAGCAAUGGGGAUAUCAUCAUUCGCUCUGGAAACUCCGACAUUACCAGAAUCUUUCGAGCGACGGGAGAAAUCAAGAUGAGGUUCCCACUCGCUGAUUGGAGCAGAAGGAUUAAUUUUCAUAUUGCUCCGGAUGACAUGAUCUACGUGACAUACCGUGAAAAAUCGGAUAAGUCAUACAUGGGAUACGUUAGUCUCAUGUCCUCUGCCGGUGACAUGCGAAGAGAUAAGGUCAUCGAGUUUCCGACAUCAUACUUAUAUCGCUAUCAUCCAAGAUGUGUUGUUCCUGUUCCCGGAACUGUUGUCGUCCUGAAUGGCGACGUCGUUAUCGUCUACAAAGAAACACCUGGAGUAAACGAUCUUCGCUGACCAGACAAAUAAAUGAGAAAAAAAAAUAAUGGGAAGGAAAUACUGGUCGACCGUGGAUGUUUUUUAUUGUUUUUUAAACAAUUAUUCCUUCAUUGCCCAAAUUAAUAAUAUGUGCCAAAUUGCUGGGAAAUAGUCUUACGAAUUUGACCUUCAUGGAAUUUAAUGUUGAGGGCAAGGUGAAAACGGUCUUUAUGAGAUUUUAUUUCGUUUUGAAAGAAUACAAAACGAGCUAAAAGCAAUUAUGCGUCUAUGAAUGCGGAUUAUCUAGUGGUUAAGAUUCUCGUCUUUCAAUCUGAAGGACGUGGGUUCGAUUCCAAGCCAUGGCGUGUUUUCCUUCAGCAAGAAAUUUAUCCACAUUGUGCUGCACUCAACCCAGGUGAGGUAAAUGGGUACCGGCAGGAAGUAAUUUCUCAAAAAGCUGUGCGCACCGGAAUCGAUAGACUAGCUUAGCCGGGGUAAUAUAGGAGCGCCUUGAGCACCUAGCAAGGUGGAUACGUGCGCUAUAAUAUAAGUCCUAUAUCAUCAUAUCUCGAAGUGCAUGUGAUUAUAGCAAAUACAUCAAAUUUUUAACCCUGUGGGUAUUCAAAUUUCUUACUGUAUGUGAUGCAUUGAAGAAUAAACCUUUCCCAUACUCUGAACGGUUUUCCCAGCCGAAUAUGUUUUAGCUGCCCAUUAUCAUUAUAAUAUUUUAUUCUAAUUUGUGAAGAUAUGAGAUAUAUCUUUAUGGUUCUAAUACUACACUAACGGCAGUAUUCGUGGUAUUUUGGAGAAAAUUGUCAGGUGUGCCUACUUUUUACCCUUUUCUGUAGAAAUAUCUCAAACGUAGAAACCGAGCAUAAAGUAAUAUAAAAAUAAAAUAAGAACGUCACUGUCUCAACAAUCCAUCAUGGUCCUGUAGUUUGGAAUUCACUAACAGAUGAAAUACGCAAUGCAAAAACACUUAAUUUAUUCAAAACCAAGUUCAAAAGAUACCUUCUUGAGAAAUACAGUGGCUGAAUGAUGUAUAAAUUAUGUAUAGCACUUGUAUUAUUAUAAUUAUUGUAAUAUUAUGUUAGGGCAUGGCACUUUUUGAUGUCUUGGUUCAUUGUUUAUGUGCAUUUUUAAGUUAUUUUGUUGUUAGAAAUGUUUUUGCUAUAUCCCUGUUAUUAUUGCAUUUUAUAUGUCACCUUUUCGUUUUAAUAAUGGGUCGGCCUAAUUAUAAGGAUUUUUUUUCCUUUUUGGCUGCUACCCCUCAGUAUGAUUCUGAACCAUAAUGCAAUUUUUAGACUGUCUUUUACACCGAUUUGUAUUUUAACUUUGUAUUAUAUUUGUUUCUUAUGCAAAGGUUUUACUGAGAGAAUAAAACAAUUUGAAUUUGAAUAAAUCAUCGAACAAUAAUUACCCUUCGAAAAAUUAAAAAUGACAGAAUUUUAAAGUUUACUAUCAUCCCGGAUGAUUGCCAGAACAAUAUCUAGCAUUGCUCAUCUUUUUUAUAUUUUGUUAUCGAUUGUGGGGUCAUGAACUUGAUGGGGCGGGUGAUUUCCAUUCCUCGGCUGUUUUACUUUCUCUUUCUGUUCAAGUCCGGAAACACUGAUUUUCAUAAAAAGUACCAUUUUAAGUAGUUUAUAAUGACUGUAUGAAAUUGUCGCAUGGGUAAAAUAAUUCUUUAUUUUUUGUUUACUUUAUAAUCAUAAUAGUCGCUUUUAUCUAGAACAAAGUCAUUUCUGACUAGAAUAUAAUCACACAUAAAAUGACUAGAUCACAGAGACGUAUUCAGUCUACACCCAUUUUUUUUCGACGAGUUUGUUUUAGGGGGAUGUUUACCACGACAAAAAGUUUGUUCUAAAAAUGCCAGAAAAAACACUGAUAUAUACAAAAAUAUUGGUGGAGGUUUGAGCGAAUUCCAUCAAAGAUUAAAGCAGCCGCCCAAUAUGUUAUGUAACACAAAAUACAUAAAUUUAAUUUGUUUAAUAAGUUUAUGAUGAAUACAUUUCUUUUUUUCUUUCGGAUCUGUUGAUAUACUGCAGGCUCAAUAAAGUAAAUUUUCAUUUUUUUUAGAUAAAGGUUCAUUAAUUUUAUAUUACACGAUACAUGGGGAAGCUGCUCGCAUAUGACGUCACAAAUAACGUCAUGUUUUCCUUUACGUAUAUUUCAAUAUUCUUUCUAUCCUAACUUUUUGAGGGGUACACAUUUUACAAGCUUUGCUUUUCAGUGGACCCCUCUAUUCUUCUCAUGAUAUAUGAUUAUAUUGAUUUAAUUAUAUUGAUUAUAUUGAUUUAAAUUUGACAUGCAUGUUAAUUUAUAUUUGAAUCACUUAUUGAAUAUGUAUAUUAUUUAUUCAAUGUUGAAUUUUGUUCAUGCUUUUAAUUAAAUUGAAUUGAUUUAUCAUGUAAUUAUUUUUAUUAUGUUGAAGAAUGAAAAAUAAAUUGAAUUGAAUUGAAUUAAAAAAAAGAAUUCUUAUAGAAAUUUAAUUUGAUGGAUUUUCCUCAGACCUUCACCCAUAUUUUUAUUAUUUUUGCUAUUUUUACAAUAAACUUAUUGUCAGUGUGAACUUCCCAUUUAAACGUAGUAAGAUACAUACUAUCGCUUGAAAUUUCGUCGUCAUCGUUAUACAUGUUAUACGUGUAUCCUUGUUACGCCUCAUGUAAUUAUCAGGUAUAUACACAUGCUGGGAUAUUAAAAAUGACGAGAUGGAUGAUUUUCAAUGUUAAAACGGUAGACUAGCUCAGCCGGGGUAAUAUGUGAGCGCCUUGAUCACCUAGCAAGGUGGAUACGUGCGCGAUAUAAAUCCUAUAUUAUUAUCAUUCAUUAUAUUAUAUAAAAUAAAUAGAGCUCUAAAAUAUAUCUCACCACGAUCAGAAGAAGCUGAUAUUUGGUGCGAUAAUUAAUGAAUGCAGCAUUCAUCUCUUGACCUAUUGGACGAUCUAAAUAUUAUCUUUGUAUGUAUGCAAUAAUGUAAAUAAUGUAAAAAAAUAAUUUUAAUACUGUAAGUAAAAAUUUCCUUUUUCACUCCUCUGUUAUUCUUCAUACGGAGUGUUAAUGGGUGUGAUAUGAUGGUAAUUAGGGAGUAGUCAGUGUUUUUUUAUAUAUAUAUCUCAUCUCCUUUUGAAACUUACACAAUCACGAAAUUAUAACGCUUUUUAAUCGUCUGAUGUAACUUUAUAAAAUAUCAGUGAAUCGAAACGUGUCUUCAUUAAAUCGAUUUACCUCUACUUACGUGAUAUUAUGUAUAGUGAUUUAGAAAAGGAAAUGGAAGGAAUGAUGGCCAUACAGUAACUUAGUAAAAUAAUUUUUUACAUAGUUAUACGUUAAUCAGAAAAUACAAAUUUGGUACUAUACAUUUCAAGGUAAUACAC